CCAGCUGAGGUGUGAGCAGCUGCCGAAGUCAGUUCCUUGUGGAGCCAGAGCUGGGCGCGGAUUCGCCGAGGCACCGAGGCACUCAGAGGAGGGUGACGCGCAGCCGGAGUGGAAGCAGAGUUUUGGCGGGCGAGCAGCGCCUUGCAGGAAACUGACUCAUCACUACUCCCUCCAGCGGUCCGAGGCUCUGCCCACGCACCUCCCACCCCGCGCGUGAUUUCCUGGAGGCCGGCGCCCCCUCCCGGCCCUGGCGGGAAUAGCACACAGGCUUUCCCGCGGAGUGGGGCUGGCCGGCGCGAACCGCCGCGGCUACUCCUGGGCUCAUCCGAGAUCAACCCCUAUGCCAUUACCACCCCUUCAAAGGAGCACUCCUUAGGUUCAACAGUAUUCACUGAGCUCUUACUGGAAAUUAAAAUAUGGCUGAAGUCUAAGGCAGGAAGGCCAAUAAAGGAGGCUAUUUUUAAUUGUUUCUAAAACAAGGGUUUGCGUUUCUGAGUUUUCUUUGGGCUGAAAGUUAUUAUGAGCAUGAGAGCAGAUUUUGAUGGGGGAGGAGAGGCCUAUAAGAGCCAUAAGAGAAGGAGGGGUGGUAGAAGAGGAGAGGGUGCCUUUCUAGAUCCUAGUCCUGUCUUGAACUCCCGGGAGCCAGGGAAUAUCCAGCUCCUUGAUGAAGCCCUAGGUGGGCUCCUCCUCCUUGUGCCUAUGAUGUAUUGAGACCCAGAAUGUCCAUUUCAAACACACCGGUGUGUCUCCGCCUGGCUGGCACCCCAAGAGUGCCCAUCUGAGGAACUGUGCCAAACACUUGCUUGAAUCUUCAAUUUGGAUUAAGUUGGUCUCAGGAGGCAGGGCCUCAGCAAUCUAUAUUUUGAAAAACUCCCUAGGUGCCUCUUUCUCUUUCUUUCUUUCUUUCUUUCUUUCUUUCUUUCUUUCUUUCUUUCUUUCUUUUCUUUCUUUCUUUCUUUCUUUCUUUCUUUCUUUCUUUCUUUCUUUCUUUCUCUUUCUCUCUCUCUCUCUCUUUCUCUUUCUCUUUCUUUCUUUCGACAGAGUCGCACUCUGUCACCCAGGCUGGAGUGCAAUGGCACCAUCCUGGACUCAAGCAGUCCUCCUGUUUCAGCCUCCCAAGUAACCGGGACCACAGGCGUGAUCCCCCCGCCCCCAUGCCCAGAUUUUUUUUUUUUUUUUUGAGACGCGGUCUCGCUCUGUCACCCAGGCUGGAGUGCAGUGGCGUGAUCUCGGCUCACCGCAAGCUCCGCCUCCCGGGUUCACGCCAUUCUCCUGCCUCAGCCUCCCGAGUAGCUGGGACUACAGGCGCUGCCAUCACGCCCGGCUAAUUUUUUUUUGUACUUUUAGUAGAGACGGGGUUUCACCAUGUUAGCCAGGAUGGUCUCAAUCUCCUGACCUCGUGCUCCGCCCUCCUUGGCCUCCCAAAGUGCUGGGAUUACAGGCGUGAGACACUGCACCCAACCACCCAGCUAAUUUUUAUUUAUUUUUAUUUUUAGUAGAGACAGGGUCUCAGCUAGUUGCCCAGGCUAGUCUUGGACUCUUGGGCUCAAAUAAUUCUCCCACCUCUGCCUCCCAGAGUAUUAGGAUUACAGGCAUAAGCCACUGCCCCGGCAUCCCCAAGUGAUUGUGAUGGGCCUCUCUGGUUAAGAAACUUCAAAAUUAGAGAGGGAGUGGGGUUCAAUACUACAGCACAGGACUCAAGGCAAACAGGCCUGGGUUCAGAUCCUGGCUGUGCCACUUAUGAACUGUGUGAUGUUGGGCAAGUUACUUAACUUAUCUGAGCCAUGGUUGCCUCUUCUGUAAAAAGGGAGCUAAUAGAUAUCCACUUUUUAGGGGGAUUGAUAUUUUUAAACUGCUUAGAACAGCCCCCAAACAUAAAAAUAUAUAAAUAAAUCCCAACUCAUGCCUAGCAGAGGGUGGAUAGAGGUUAUUUGAGGGCUCUGUCCACUGUACUGGGUGACCCCUUUAUGGGGCAGUGGCCUUUGGCCUUUUUAGCUGUAUGACUCAGGGGCAAGUCUCAUAUCUCUUCCAUCUCCUGCCCUUUAAACUUGGUGUGAAGUUACCAAGAGCCUCCUCUCCCAACCAGCUGGGACGUGAAACUGUGGGCUCCACUGAUCACAAGCAGUGGGGUGAGGUGGGGUGGGGCAGAUGUGGCAUGUGUCCCAGGCUUCCUGCCUCAGGAGGACUCAGCAGAGCUUUCACCCCCAGAGCCUGCAAGUUGGGACUUGUCCCUAGGAAAACCCAGUUGCUGCCAAGGUCGUGCAGUCACUCAGCCCUGGAGUCAAGCCAGAGCAGGCAGGUAGGUGCCAGGGCUCCCUCAUGGGCAAACUCACUCUCCGUUUUCCCUCUCCUGAAGGGGGAGGAGAGGAGCCAGGUAGACCAGCCACCUUUAAUUUUCUUUUUGCCUGCAAAACGGGUUCCUUGGACACAGGCAACACGAGGCAGGGGCUGCCAGGUGUCUAGACUUCAGAUCACCUGAUGUGCCUGGCAGGAUGUGGCUCAGCCUGGGAGAAAUCAUCCCUUGCGCUGCCCCGCCCGGCCCCUCCUUACCCCUAGGCCACCCGCCUGACGACAUCCUUGGGAAAGGCCCUCAGCCUACAGCACCUGUCAGCUGCUGUCUGAAGGAGGUAGUUGGCAGGGGGAAGUGAUAGGGGGGAGGCUCAGUAAAACUGAAGGCAGAGAGGAAUAAUCAUACUUCUGUUUUCAAUGCACUUCUCUAUACGAAGUGCUGCUGGCACGUUACCUACAUUAACUCAGUUAAUUCUCAUGUCUAUCCUCUGAGACAGUCACCAUUACUAUCCCCAUUUUAUAGAUGAGGAAACUAGAGCUCAGACAAGUUAAGUUGCUUGCCCAGGGUCACCUAGUAAAACCUGGACUCCAGCCCAGGUGAUCUGGCUCCAGAGCCCUCCUGCUUAACCACCAGGAUACAGCCUUUCAUUCAGCUCUGUUCUGUCUGCCUUGCUGCAUGGACUCUGUGAUCAAUUUCUUGAGUAUGUGUCUGUAGCCAUGCUCUUUAAACUUGUACAUGGCCCCAUUUAUGGAUGAGGAAACUGAGACCUAGAGACAUUAAGUGGCUUUUUAAAGCUUACGUAGUAACUGGCAGAGCUAGGACCACAACCCGGGUGCUUUUUGCCCCAAAGUCCAGGGUACUUUUACUUGGCAGAGCAGGGUUACCCUACUUGGGGCUCUGGGUGGGGGGACUUAGGAGGCUGGAGGAACUGUCAGACUGUUUCUUCUUUUGGGAAUUGACCUUCUGGCCAGGGCUGCGAUUAGGAAACUGCUGGACUCUGGCAAUUCACACAUAUUUGGGGGGCAUUCACACCCAUGAGGGACACCUCUGGGGGGAAAACAAAUUGAUUUUAGCUGAUAAUACCUGGUGGCAAACAGGACCCUGGUCCUUGCUCUUGCAAUAGACUUGCCUUUGUUGACAUUAGCUUGCCCUUCAGUUGCCUGCUCUCCCAGUGACCUUGGGGUGCCAGGCUGGCUGAGCUCUGCUGGUGGGGAUCAGGCCUCCUGUGGGAAGGAAGCAGGAAGACCAGCUGGAAGGAGUGAGAGAGACCCUCUGGUAGGAAGACGUCACCUCAGGUGACACAGCAAAGCCCGGCCAGGUAACAUAGUGUCUAAUCUCUGCCGUGACCAGGGCCUUCCUCGUAUCUCUGCUGCAGGCGCCAUGUCAGAACCGGCUGGGGAUGUCCGUCAGAACCCAUGCGGCAGCAAGGCCUGCCGCCGCCUCUUCGGCCCAGUGGACAGCGAGCAGCUGAGCCGCGACUGUGAUGCGCUAAUGGCGGGCUGCAUCCAGGAGGCCCGUGAGCGAUGGAACUUCGACUUUGUCACCGAGACACCACUGGAGGGUGACUUCGCCUGGGAGCGUGUGCGGGGCCUUGGCCUGCCCAAGCUCUACCUUCCCACGGGGCCCCGGCGAGGCCGGGAUGAGUUGGGAGGAGGCAGGCGGCCUGGCACCUCACCUGCUCUGCUGCAGGGGACAGCAGAGGAAGACCAUGUGGACCUGUCACUGUCUUGUACCCUUGUGCCUCGCUCAGGGGAGCAGGCUGAAGGGUCCCCAGGUGGACCUGGAGACUCUCAGGGUCGAAAACGGCGGCAGACCAGCAUGACAGAUUUCUACCACUCCAAACGCCGGCUGAUCUUCUCCAAGAGGAAGCCCUAAUCCGCCCACAGGAUGCCUGCAGUCCUGGAAGCGCGAGGGCCUCAAAGGCCCCCUCUACAUCUUCUGCCUUAGUCUCAGUUUGUGUGUCUUAAUUAUUAUUUGUGUUUUAAUUUAAACACCUCCUCAUGUACAUACCCUGGCCGCCCCCUGCCCCCCAGCCUCUGGCAUUAGAAUUAUUUAAACAAAAACUAGGCGGUUGAAUGAGAGGUUCCUAAGAGUGCUGGGCAUUUUUAUUUUAUGAAAUACUAUUUAAAGCCUCCUCAUCCCGUGUUCUCCUUUUCCUCUCUCCUGGAGGUUGGGUGGGCCGGCUUCAUGCCAGCUACUUCCUCCUCCCCACUCGUCCGCUGGGUGGUACCCUCUGGAGGGGUGUGGCUCCCUCCCAUCGCUGUCACAGGCGGUUAUGAAAUUCACCCCCUUUCCUGGACACUCAGACCUGAAUUCUUUUUCAUUUGAGAAGUAAACAGAUGGCACUUUGAAGGGGCCUCACCGAGUGGGGGCAUCAUCAAAAACUUUGGAGUCCCCUCACCUCCUCUAAGGUUGGGCAGGGUGACCCUGAAGUGAGCACAGCCUAGGGCUGAGCUGGGGACCUGGUACCCUCCUGGCUCUUGAUACCCCCCUCUGUCUUGUGAAGGCAGGGGGAAGGUGGGGUCCUGGAGCAGACCACCCCGCCUGCCCUCAUGGCCCCUCUGACCUGCACUGGGGAGCCCGUCUCAGUGUUGAGCCUUUUCCCUCUUUGGCUCCCCUGUACCUUUUGAGGAGCCCCAGCUACCCUUCUUCUCCAGCUGGGCUCUGCAAUUCCCCUCUGCUGCUGUCCCUCCCCCUUGUCCUUUCCCUUCAGUACCCUCUCAGCUCCAGGUGGCUCUGAGGUGCCUGUCCCGCCCCCACCCCCAGCUCAAUGGACUGGAAGGGGAAGGGACACACAAGAAGAAGGGCACCCUAGUUCUACCUCAGGCAGCUCAAGCAGCGACCGCCCCCUCCUCUAGCUGUGGGGGUGAGGGUCCCAUGUGGUGGCACAGGCCCCCUUGAGUGGGGUUAUCUCUGUGUUAGGGGUAUAUGAUGGGGGAGUAGAUCUUUCUAGGAGGGAGGCACUGGCCCCUCAAAUCGUCCAGCGACCUUCCUCAUCCACCCCAUCCCUCCCCAGUUCAUUGCACUUUGAUUAGCAGCGGAACAAGGAGUCAGACAUUUUAAGAUGGUGGCAGUAGAGGCUAUGGACAGGGCAUGCCACGUGGGCUCAUAUGGGGCUGGGAGUAGUUGUCUUUCCUGGCACUAACGUUGAGCCCCUGGAGGCACUGAAGUGCUUAGUGUACUUGGAGUGUUGGGGUCUGACCCCAAACACCUUCCAGCUCCUGUAACAUACUGGCCUGGACUGUUUUCUCUCGGCUCCCCAUGUGUCCUGGUUCCCGUUUCUCCACCUAGACUGUAAACCUCUCGAGGGCAGGGACCACACCCUGUACUGUUCUGUGUCUUUCACAGCUCCUCCCACAAUGCUGAAUAUACAGCAGGUGCUCAAUAAAUGAUUCUUAGUGACUUUA